AUGGUGCUCGAGGAAUACACAUACGUCUUCGUCAUUGGCACUUUGUUUGCCCUGCUCGAUGCCUACAACAAUGGUGCAAACGAUGUGGCCAACUCCUGGGCAACCAGUGUGUCCUCAAGGUCCAUUAGCUACAGGCAGGCCAUGAUAUUCGGUACCAUCUUCGAGAUGCUGGGAGCCAUCACCGUGGGUGCAAGAACUGCCGAUACCAUCAAGAACGGAAUCAUUCCCAACGCCGCCUUCAAGGGGGAUGCCGGUGUCCAAAUGCUCGCCUUCGCUUGUGCACUCGCCGCAGCCUCAUCCUGGGUGAUGUGGUGCACGCGACAUUCCACCCACGUCUCCUCUACAUACUCCCUUGUCUCUGCUGUGGCUGGUGUCGGAGUUGCCACCGUCGGCGCCUCCCAGGUCCAAUGGGGUUGGAAUAAGGGCAAGGGACUCGGUGCUAUCUUUGCGGGUCUAGGAAUGGCACCCAUCAUCUCGGGGGCCUUUGGUGCGAUCAUCUUCAUGCUUAUCAAGCUCACCGUCCAUGUGCGCAACAACCCCGUGCCAUGGGCCGUCUACACAUCUCCCUUCUUCUUCCUUAUCGCCACCACCAUCUGUACCCUGUCCAUCGUCUACAAAGGCUCUCCCAGUCUUGGUCUGAACAAGAAGCCUGGCUGGUAUAUCGCCGCCGUCACCUUGGGCUGCGGUGGUGGUGUCGCCGUUCUGUCAGCCAUAUUUUUCGUUCCUUUCCUACAUGCCCGGGUUAUCAAGCGGGACCAUGGGGUCAAGUGGUGGAUGUUCAUCCUUGGCCCUUUGCUCCUGAACCGCCCAGCCCCGACCGACUCGGAACGAGUCAAUGUUCCUAAUUAUGCCGUCGUCCAGGAGGACGAGGAUGACAAACCUCGCACUGUCUCGGCCGGUUCUGUUACUGAUAGCCCCAGCCCUCCUCCCUCCGAUGCCGAGAAGACGAUGGUCGUCGCUGAAACCAAGCUCAAUUAUAAAGAACUCAUGGCUGAGGGAGAAAGCAAGUUCCAUGCUAAGCUGAUGAAAAAGCGCGGUCCUCUCGGAUGGGCCAUGCGUACUCUCCGUGACAACCCGAUGGGUGCAGGCGAGAUCUACGAGUUGCAUAAUAUCAAGCUUCUCAUCAAGCGUAUCCCUGCUACGCUCGCCGUCGGACUUCUCUAUGGUCUUCAUUAUGACAUCCACUCCGCGCAGUCUGGUAUUCACGGUACCCCAGAGGGUAAGCGCAUGCAACGAGUCUACUCUUACGCGGAGAAAUACCCCAACGAGGUCGAGCAUACCUACUCGUUCGUUCAGGUUCUCACUGCCUGUACUGCUUCUUUUGCCCACGGUGCCAAUGAUAUCGGUAACUCUGUCGGUCCCUGGGCGGUUCUCUACUCCGCGUGGAGAACUGGUGACGCCGCCGCUUCCAAGUCUCCUGUCCAUGUUUGGCAACUCGCUGUUCUCUCCGGCUGUAUCUCCGUCGGUCUAAUCACAUAUGGCUAUAAUAUCAUGAAGGUUAUGGGUAACAAAAUCACCUACCACUCUCCUAGCAGAGGUUGUUCAAUGGAACUUGGCGCUGCCAUCUGUGUCCUCGUCUUCUCGCAGUACUCCCUUCCCGUUUCCACGUCGAUGUGCAUCACCGGUGCUACAGUCGGUGUCGGCCUAUGCAAUGGCACCUUCAAGGCCGUCAAUUUUCAGAGGGUCGGUCUCCUCUUUAUCGUUUCAUAG